UAAAAAAACAGUAAAAAGAAAUUUACGCGGGGCCAAGCUGUAAUCCAAAAAUCGCAUCCCCACAAAAAAAGAGAUUGUGAAAAAGAAAAGCAACUUCUCAAUCUCUCUUCUUUCACACUUCAUCUCUCUCUCUCUCUCUCAUGAAAUGAAGAACCUAUGAUGCUCUUGACGAAGACAUAUGGAGGAGGAAAAGAGCAAAGAGCCGACAACAAGAGAGGACUCAGAGCCACCAAAACCAUCAAUAUCAGAUUACAAAAAUCAUAAUCAAACCAUGAUGAUGAUUAAUCAAGAAAUCUGCAGCAACACCAACACCAACGCCUUAUUCGAUGAUGCUGAUCAUCUUCUUCUUCACAGAAGCUUCAUGGACGAUCACGAGUUCUCCUGCCCUUCUUCUGCAUUCGACGAUUUUUUUCUGCAUAAUAUGAUCUCGGAGCCUAUGCCGCCGCCGCCGCCGCCGGAGAGCUCCACCCCCAACGCCUCCUCCAUCUCCUCCUCCUCCGCCGAGGCCGCCGCCAACGAUGACCGGAAAAAGAUCAAUCAAGUUGUUGAUGAGGAUGAAGAGGAAGAAGAAGCAAAUAAUGAAGACAAGAGUAAGAAAGUAUUGAAACCAAAAAAGAAAAAUCAGAAAAGGCAAAGAGAUCCAAGAUUUGCUUUCAUGACAAAGAGUGAGAUCGAUCAUUUGGACGAUGGGUAUCGAUGGAGAAAGUACGGCCAAAAAGCUGUGAAAAACAGCCCUUUUCCCAGGAGCUACUAUCGUUGCACUAGUCCAGCAUGUGGUGUGAAGAAGAGAGUGGAGAGAUCUUCCGAAGAUCCAUCAAUUGUUGUCACAACCUACGAAGGCACGCACACUCACUCCUGCCCCAUCACGCCACGUGGCGCUGUCGGCUUCGGCAUUUCCCCGGCCGAAGUCCCCUCCCCCGCCUUCCACCAAGGUGGCGCUUCGUCGUCCCUUUUCGCCAUGCCUCAAAUUCAUCACUAUCCGCCCCAACAACAACAACAACAACAGCAACAAGGACGACCGUAUUUUACAAACUUGACACAAGCAUCACCUUUGAGUUUUGGGAAUAGUACUAAUUCUAGGGUUCCACCUCCAAUUUUGCCAUCAUCAACAAGUAGUGGAUCGAGAGAUUAUGGUCUUCUUCAAGACAUGCUGCCAUCUGAGAUGUUGAAGGAGCCAAAAGGGGAGUAGAGAGUAAGUUUUUUUUUUCUUUUAGUUGGUAGAAUAAUUCAUAUUUUUAUUUUGUCAUAUUUAUUAGCUAACUAGAUUUCGCAUUUAGGGGUUUGCUUUAUGUGUGAAUCCCAUUUCAUAGCCUAGCUCUAUUGAUCAUGUAAAAUUGUUGUCUAGGAGGGAUUAGUUCUUUUGUUUGUUAUUGUAUUUAUACACUUUAAUUUCAUCUACAUAUGGAUAGUUUUUUAAUUUAAGUUAUAUGAAACACCAUUUGUGAA